CCGAGCGCCCGGAGCGGGGAGGAGGCCGGGGCGGGCCGGGAAGGUGGAGGGGCGGGGAGGGGCGGAGCCAGGCCGGCCGGAGGGGAGGGUCUAGCGGCGGCCCCCGGCAAGGUUCAGUGCGCUUGCGCUGACAGACGCAAGAUGGCGGACAGUGCGGAACUAAAGCAAAUGGUUAUGAGCCUUAGAGUUUCUGAACUCCAAGUACUGUUGGGCUACGCUGGGAGAAACAAGCACGGACGCAAACACGAACUUCUCACAAAAGCCCUGCAUUUGCUAAAGGCUGGCUGUAGUCCUGCUGUACAAAUGAAAAUUAAAGAACUCUAUAGGCGGCGGUUCCCACAGAAAAUCAUGACGCCUGCAGACUUGUCCAUCCCCAACGUACAUUCAAGUCCUAUGCCAGCAACUUUGUCUCCAUCUACCAUUCCACAACUCACUUAUGAUGGUCACCCUGCAUCAUCACCGUUACUCCCUGUUUCUCUUCUGGGACCUAAACAUGAACUGGAACUCCCACAUCUUACAUCAGCUCUUCACCCGGUCCAUCCGGAUAUAAAACUUCAAAAAUUACCAUUUUAUGAUUUACUGGAUGAACUGAUAAAACCCACCAGUCUAGCAUCAGACAACAGUCAGCGCUUUCGAGAAACCUGUUUUGCAUUUGCCUUGACACCACAACAAGUGCAGCAAAUCAGUAGUUCCAUGGAUAUUUCUGGGACCAAAUGUGACUUCACGGUGCAGGUCCAGUUAAGGUUUUGUUUAUCAGAAACCAGUUGUCCACAAGAAGAUCACUUUCCACCCAAUCUUUGUGUGAAAGUGAAUACAAAACCUUGCAGCCUUCCAGGUUACCUUCCACCUACUAAAAAUGGUGUGGAACCAAAGCGACCCAGCCGACCAAUUAAUAUCACCUCACUUGUCCGAUUGUCCACAACAGUACCAAACACCAUUGUUGUUUCUUGGACUGCAGAAAUUGGAAGAAACUAUUCCAUGGCAGUAUAUCUUGUAAAACAGUUGUCCUCAACAGUUCUUCUUCAGAGGUUACGAGCAAAGGGAAUAAGGAACCCGGAUCAUUCUAGAGCUUUAAUUAAAGAGAAAUUGACUGCGGAUCCAGACAGUGAAAUAGCUACAACCAGUCUACGGGUUUCUCUGCUAUGUCCACUUGGCAAAAUGCGGCUGACAAUUCCAUGCCGGGCCCUUACGUGUUCUCAUCUGCAGUGUUUUGAUGCAACUCUUUAUAUUCAGAUGAAUGAGAAAAAGCCAACCUGGGUUUGUCCUGUCUGUGAUAAGAAGGCUCCAUAUGAACACCUUAUUAUUGAUGGCUUGUUUAUGGAAAUUCUAAAGUACUGUACAGACUGUGACGAAAUACAGUUUAAGGAGGAUGGCUCUUGGGCACCGAUGAGAUCGAAAAAGGAAGUACAGGAAGUUUCUGCCUCUUACAAUGGAGUUGAUGGAUGCUUGAGCUCCACAUUGGAACAUCAGGUGGCUUCUCACCACCAGUCCUCAAAUAAAAACAAGAAAGUAGAGGUGAUUGACCUAACCAUAGAUAGUUCAUCUGAUGAAGAGGAGGAAGAGCCAUCUGCCAAGAGGACUUGUCCUUCCCUAUCUCCUACAUCACCACUAAAUAAUAAAGGCAUUUUAAGUCUUCCACAUCAAGCAUCUCCAGUAUCCCGCACCCCAAGCCUUCCUGCUGUAGACACAAGCUACAUUAACACCUCCCUCAUCCAAGACUAUAGGCAUCCUUUCCACAUGACACCCAUGCCUUAUGACUUACAAGGAUUAGAUUUCUUUCCUUUCUUAUCAGGAGACAAUCAGCAUUACAACACCUCCUUGCUUGCCGCUGCAGCAGCAGCAGUUUCAGAUGAUCAAGACCUCCUACACUCGUCUCGGUUUUUUCCAUAUACCUCCUCGCAGAUGUUUCUCGAUCAGUUAAGUGCAGGCGGCAGUACUUCUCUGCCAACCACCAACGGAAGCAGCAGUGGCAGUAACAGCAGCCUCGUAUCCUCCAACAGCUUAAGGGAGAGCCACAGCCACACCGUCACAAACAGGAGCGGCACGGACACGGCGUCCAUCUUUGGCAUCAUCCCAGACAUUAUCUCGUUGGAUUGAUUCCCCGGCCCCUGCCGCUCCCAUCCCCAUCCCAGAUUAAAUGAACUUGGCAGAAAGAAGAGAACUUUGUGCUCUGUUUUACCUUAUUCUGUUGAGAAAAGUACACAAGCGUGUUUUUUUUUUCCUUUUUUUAGGGAAAAAAAUUAAAAGAAAUGUACAGAGAACAAAA